AAGAGAAGCUCGGGCAGCCGCUGAGCUCUGCCGCUUCUGACCGUUUCUUCACGUUAUUACACAUCAGUAAUAACCCUGUGCACAGCGAAAUAUACAACCCUGAGAACCGGCUCCUUCGCCCUGGAUACCCGUGGCUCUCUCUCCAUCUGCACUCGGUUCAGCGCUAGCCGUUGGAUGAUAAACGGACUGAAUGUGGAUUUAACUGCCGCUUCGCUCCGCAGGCCGCGCCGCCAUUGCUGCUGUUUUUAUAAGCUGAAUUCGUGAAAAUACCGAGGGUCUUUAGGCUUCAUGAUGAAGAAGAAAAUUCGCCAUCACCGGCCUGCGGUGCUGAAAAGAGAUUCCUCUCCCAUCAAGCCGUCGCCAAACCGCGAGACGCUGACAUAUGCAGAGGCGCAGAGAAUUGUAGAGCUGGAGGUGGACGGCCGCGUUCACCGGCUCAGCAUCUACGACAAGAUGGACGUCAUCUCCGACGACGACCCCACGGCGCAGGAGAUCAUGGAGUGCAACAGCAACAAGGAGAACAACGAGAAGCCCCAGCAGGUCCUGGUGCGCUCUGUGCGCCUCAAAAACAACCAGCAGAAGAAGAACGCUGCACUCAUGGCCUCACACGGGGUCACCAGCACACACAGCAGCACCACCGGCCUGUUGGAGGCAAAGGUUAGAACGGUGGAAUACAACCUUCCGGUGGUGCCCAGGAGGCCGUCGGCGUAUUACAAAUACACGGAAAGGACGGCGGAGGAGUUGGACGAGGAGGUGGAGUACGAUAUGGACGAGGAGGACUACACCUGGUUGGAGCUCUUCAAUGAGAAGAGGAAGAACGAUGGCAUCAGUCAGGUGUCUCACAACCUGUUUGAGUUCCUCAUGGACCGCUUCGAGAAGGAGUCGUACGCAGCUACGCAGGGUCAGAGCGACCUGCAGUCGCUGGUGGACGAAGACGCUGUUUGCUGCAUCUGCAUGGAUGGAGACGGAGCUGACAGUAACGUCAUCCUCUUCUGUGACUCCUGCAACAUCGCCGUGCAUCAGGAGUGCUACGGCGUGCCGUACAUCCCCGAGGGCCAGUGGCUGUGCCGCCACUGCCUGCAGCGUCCGUUGCGGCCUUCUGAGUGUGUCUUCUGCCCCAACAGAGGCGGAGCCAUGAAGAAGACCGACGAUGACCGCUGGGGUCACGUAGCAUGCGCCCUGUGGGUGCCCGAGGUCGGCUUCUCUGACACUGUUUUCAUCGAGCCCAUCGACGGUGUUCGUAACAUUCCACCGGCGCGCUGGAAGCUCACCUGCUACCUGUGUAAAGAGAAGAGUGCAGGAGCGUGCAUUCAAUGCGACAAAAUCAACUGUUACACCGCCUUCCAUGUCAGCUGCGCCCAGAGGGCCGGCCUCUACAUGAAGAUGGAGCCCGUCAAAGAAGUGACGUCGUCCGGCUCCGCCACCUUCUCUGUGAAAAAGACCGCCUACUGCUGCAGCCACACGCCCGAGGGCUGCGACCGCCGGCCGCUCACCAUCUACGACAAGCCGCAUCCCAAAAAUGGAGCCUGCCACAAGAGGGCCGACAAGAGGGGGAAGUACCGGGGCAAAGGCUGGCAGAAGAAGAAGAAGAGUAAAAGAGCGGAGCCAGAAGCAGAGCCUGAGACCACCACCAACACUGGGCCCAGUAUCACUGCUUCAAGUUUCGACACCAUCCUGAACCAGGUGGCGGUCCAGAGGAAGCGUGUCUUCGUGGAGCGAGUAAUGAGCUACUGGGUGCAGAAGAGGCAGUCGAGGAACAAUGUGCCGCUGAUCCGCCGGCUGCAGGCCAACCCUCAGCCUCCCAAAGUCAGGAAGUUGGUCAGUGCUGCCGACAUAGCGGAGCAUUGUCCUGUUAAUGUCGCUCUGCCCGCUCCAAUUAAGUUGGUUUGUCCGCUGCAGAAUCGCAUGGAGACGAAUCAGGCGCUGAAGGAGCAGCUGAAGGAGUGGCACCGCCUCCGCCACGACCUGGAGCGAGCGCGCCUGCUGCUGGAGCUCAUCAGGAAGAGAGAGAAGCUGAAGAGAGAGGAGAUGAAGCUGCAGCAGUCGGCGCUGGAGGUCCAGCUGACCCCCUUCAACAUCCUGCUGCGAGCCGUGCUCAGUCAGCUGCAGGAGAAGGACCAGUACAGCAUCUACGCUCAGCCCGUCAACGUCAAGGAGGUCCCGGACUACCUGGACCACGUGAAGAACCCCAUGGACUUCUCCACCAUGAGGAAACGCAUCGACGCUCACGAGUACGGGAGCCUGGACGAAUUCGAGGCCGACUUCAACCUCGUCAUCUUCAACUGCAUGAAGUACAACAGCAAGGACACGUUCUUCCACAAGGCAGCUCAGCGGAUGCAGGACCACGGGGGGGCGAUCCUCCGCAGAGCCCGCAGAGAGGUGGAGAGGAUCGGCUUCGACUUCCCCAGCGGGCUGCAUCUCCCCGAAGCCCCAAAACCAGCGGCGCCAACCCCCUUCUCCUGGGAGGAAGGUACGAGAGAUCAUCGGUUGUGUUUUAAAAUGUUUUUCCACCAUGUGUGAGGGUUUUCAGUCGGUGGCGAUACGUAUGGAUUCAUUUUCUCGUGCUUUUACAUUAGUUUCUUUUUGUCCGAUCGGUUUUGUCUAAAUGUAUUUAUGCUGCUUUUCAUAUAUAUUUAUUGAUGUACAGCAC